AAAAAAUACAUUGCGGUUAAUGAGUCAAGGUUUCAAAGUCAAGAAACAGCAACCAAGAGCUUGGAAGCUGCAGUCCAGAACCAAGGAACAAGUGAAAGCUGUAACAUUGAGAAGUGGGAAGCAAAUUGGAGAUGAAGAAAGCUCAAACAAUGAGGGUGAAAAAGAGAAAGCUCCAACGGAAGAGAAAAAAUCUGAAGAAGUCAAGCCUUAUGUGCCUCCAAUUCCUUUUCCACAUAGAUUGAAGCAACAAAAGCUAGAUAAGCAGUUUGCUAAGUUUCUAGAUAUUUUUAAGAAAUUGCACAUUAACAUACCUUUUGCAGAUGCUUUAGCUCAAAUGCCUAGCUAUGCUAAAUUCCUAAAGGAGAUCUUAUCUAACAAGAGGAAAUUGGAAGAGUAUGAGACUGUGAAACUCACUGAAGAAUGUUCUGCAAUUCUUCAGAAUAAGCUUCCCCCAAAGCUAAAGGAUCCAGGGAGUUUUACAAUUCCUUGCACAAUUGGAAAUUGUCAUUUUGAUAAAGUUUUGUGUGAUUUGGGAGCCAGCAUUAAUCUGAUGCCAUUUUCUAUUUUCAGGAAACUUGGGCUUGGUGAGGCAAAAGCAACAACAGUAUCUCUUCAAUUGGCAGAUAGAUCUAUCAAACAUCCACGGGGUAUUAUUGAAUAUGUCCUGGUAAAAGUAGAUAAAUUUAUCUUUCUUGCUGAUUUUAUAGUUUUGGACAUGGAAGAAGACCAUGAGGUACCUCUUAUCUUAGGCCGACUUUUUCUAGCCACUGGUAGAACUUUAAUUGAUGUGCAGCAAGGAAAAUUGAUGCUUAGGGUAGAAAAUGAACAAGUUACUUUUAAUGUCUUUGAUGCCAUGAAAUACCCAUCUGAUAUUGACUCUUGUUUUAUGAUGGAAACAAUUGAUGAAACAAUUAAUGAGAUGUUGCAGAAAGAUUGUCCAGAUCUGUUGGAGGCAUGUGUUGUUCAUUCCAAAGACAUUACUGCUGAAAAUGAGGACAUUAGGGAGUAUGCAUUUCAUUUGGAAGCUUGCCCACCGUUCUUGAACUCAAAGGAGCCAACUAUUCAAGAUUUUAGAGCUAAUAUGCCUCGGCUAAAACCAUCACUAGAAGAACCUCCAAAACUUGAACUCAAGCCUUUACCUGCUCAUUUAAAAUAUGCUUAUUUAGAUGAAGAUCUUUCUUUGCCUGAAUUAGUCCCUCAAUUUGCAUGCACAAAAUACUCAUGGAGGAAAGCUACAAACCGAGCAUUCAACCACAAAGGCGUUUAAAUCCACACAUGCAAGAGGUAGUGAAAGCUGAGGUAAUAAAAUUACUUGACGCUG